AUGUCGACCACAGUCAUGCCGUUCCUCUACCAAACGAGGACAUUGCAGCGAUUAUCUCGACCGGGAAGUGCGCCACGAACACUGCGCAUGCUCUUGCACUCAAGUGCCACUCUUAGGUACCCCCGAGCCCACUCGAGACGUCCAAAACGGACCGAUAACACAAUCCCCUUUGAACUUCCCGAGGGCUAUCAGCCACCCGACUCCGAGACACCGGCUUUUGUCGAAGUAGAUCCCGAAACUGGUUUGCGGUCAACCAUCACCCCCUCUGAGAGGGCGGCAUUCAGUCGCAUUUUCGAGGAAAUUGCAGCGAAGAGGGCUGCUCAAGCCGCUGCUGCUGGCAUCCCACCUGCCGGGACCACGUCUGCCCCUCAGACUGCUGCUAAUGCUGUCCCUUCUCGCCCCGAUCAAUCCUUCACCGAUGUCGAUGACUUCAGCAUCCGCACAAAGGAGCCGGAUCAUAAUGCCUUCCGCGAUACCAUCAAUAUCAUCGUUCAAGAUGCUGCUGAGGUGCACACGAAUGCUAAGCGCCAACUUGGCAAGACUUUCGAACCCCUGCAUCCUCUGGGCCAAUUGACAGCUGCGACUGAAUGGGAAAAGGCUUUACUUCGCUUCCCGCCCAGCCUUCGUCAGGCUGCACGCAUCGCCCUUGGCACCAUGGAAGAGGACGCCGCAGCCGAGAAGGCACCUCCUCCUAGCACGACUCAUCCGAUUCACGACGAGAUUGUCAACGAGGAGACUAAGCUAGGCGCACAGAUAGAUGUGGCCCUUGACCCGCUGUCCACACCAGUCAAGAAUGAAGCCCUGCGGCGCGCUGAGCGCAGGCGUGUCGAGGCCAAGAUGCUGCAAUGCAAGACUGACUUUGAGCUGUGGGAUGUGCUUGAGGAGGAAGUCUUCCCCAUGGUUGAGAAACUUGGCCUGGACGAGGAGAGUACCAAGGCGGCCACCAAGAAUGGCAAACGUGGUCGUGGCAAGCGAAAGGAUAAACUCCCUGUGCACAUCUACGGCCCUCUAUACCCAGCAUACCUGAUGGCGGCGCUGCGUUUGCUCGACACACGUUUUGCGCGCUCAUCACCACUUGCUCUUCAGGUUCUUCCUCGAGUCAAGGAACUCGGUCUCGCCAGUUAUGUACUCGGUGUCAGUACGCCGUUCUACAACGAGCUUCUCCGCAUCCAUUGGAAACGCCACGGAGACCCUCGUGCUGUCUUUGAUUUGCUCGAGGAGAUGCGUGCUGUCGGUCUGUACUGCGAUGAAGUCACCAAAGAUAUCGUCUUGAACAUCCAACAAUACCUUGAUGCCAGCGCUAAGGGUAAGGAGGGCCCAUUUUUGGGAGAGUUAGCGACUCUGCCUGAAUACGAAUUCGCGCUUAUGCCGCGUGCAAGGCACUGGCUCAAGGCAAUUGAGACCCAAAUGUGGGAGAGGAAACAAGAUUUGCGGGUGUGA